GGUAACAUUUCCCUGAUGAUCAUUCCGAUGCUCUGAGUGUGUGAUCAUGUUUGUUUGGGGAAAGCCUUUUGAGGGUUUUGGCGGCGGAGGGAAGUAAAGACCUCUCGGAUGCUGGCAGUGUCACGUGCUGAGACAACAGAAUGUUUUGGCUGGGCCGGACCUGGGUGUUUCUUUGCAAUGUGACAUGCAAGAAGUGUGACUGCGAAAUGCUGACAAAGAAGACUUUAUGACCUGCUGUAUCACGAUUCCAAGAUGAAGGACAGCCCUUCACCUUUUUGCAUGGUUGGCAGCAGCAACUGUGUUCUCCCAAAGACAUUCGGGGCAUGAGAGCUGAUCGCAGUCAUCUUUUGUUCGUAACUUGCUCCUCCUCCUCCUCAUCCUCCUCAUCCAUCUCCCUCUACUGCACCUCAGUGGGGACCUGUCACUUCAGAUCCACCGCAUUGAUGAGGUAACGUUACGCCGUCCUCAGGGUAGCACCCACCUGCAGAAAAGCCGCCCUCCCCAUCACCCCCACCCCCACCCCCUGUUCAGUUGUGGCCAUGGGCCAGAAAAUCUCAGGUGGCAUCAAAUCUGUGGACGGCCGUGGGGAAAGCGGCGGUUCCCCAUCCUACCGGCCCUCGGCUCAUGGCACUCAGCACCCAGAGCUGAGGGGCCCUGAUUUCUUCAAACCUCCCAGGCUGGAUCUCCUUCUGGACAUGCCGUGCGCCAGCCUGGAGACCCAACUUCGUCACGCGUGGAACACAGAUGACCGUUCGCUGAAUAUCUUCAUCAAAGAGGAGGAUAAGUUAACUUUUCACCGCCACCCAGUCGCUCAGAGCACGGACUGCAUCCGGGGUCGAAUCGGCUACACGAGGGGACUCCAUGUCUGGAGGAUUCACUGGCCCUGCCGGCAGCGCGGCACCCAUGCAGUGGUUGGGGUAGCCACCUCCGAAGCGCCCCUACAUUCCGUCGGUUACACUGCUUUGGUGGGGUCAGACUGCGAGUCCUGGGGCUGGGAUCUGGGACGCAACCGCCUCUACCAUGACAGCAAAAACAGGGCCCACAGCUCAUUGCCGUCUUACCCUUCUUUCCUGGAGCCGGAGGAGGCGUUCACACUGCCGGACUCCCUGCUGGUCAUUCUAGACAUGGACGAAGGCACGUUGAGUUUCAUGGUGGAGGGACAGUAUUUAGGAGUGGCCUUCCGAGGAUUGAAGGGCAAGAAACUACAUCCCAUCGUCAGCGCUGUGUGGGGCCAUUGUGAGAUAUCCAUGAAGUACAUCAAUGGACUUGAUCCGGAGCCUCUACCUCUGACGGACCUGUGCCGCCGUGCGGCCCGCCUAGCGUUGGGCCGGGAGCGCCUUCAGGAGAUCGAGAGCCUCCCCCUGCCUGAGUCCCUCAAAAAUUACCUCCAGUACCAGUGACUGACACCAGCAGAACCCACUGGGACCGCGAGGACUCACACAGCCGAGCAGCAGGUGGGCAAACGGCAGGAAGUCGGAAGGGAAAGAAGGAAGCGCUUGAAAGAAACCGAGCAGACGGAAGAGGUGACGGGUCCCGAGCUAGCGAGCUGCAGAUGGAUUCACUGGCACGCAAAGAGAGCGGCGUCUGGAGCUGCUCUUUGGUUCAUUUUUGGACUUGAAGUCAGUUAUUGACGGGCUGCAGGGCACUAUCGCCACCUACGGAUCAGAAUCGAGACUGUGCAGAGAAAGCACGCUCGUCCCACCCCUGGAGGCCUUCUGGAUGAGUCAACGAGCGCCAAUGCAGGCGACAAGAGAAAUCGGAACACACCAUUUUUAGUUUUAUCCCAGCGACCAAAAAGCUCUUUGGGUUCAAUACGGCAACAUGUUGGUCAGAUCGGCAUCGCCCUUUGCAGACGUCUUACAUGACUGCUGCCAUGUAGCUUACUGACCUACUGGAUCCAUUGAGACCAACACAUUGAAGCACAGCAAAAAACAAAAAAACCUGAUCGAUUUUUGAAACUUCUUUCCAAAUCAAGUCUUAAUUCUUGGAGUGAUGUAGUGUUUUAUUGGUCCAUUGAAAUCAAAACAACAGUUGUCAUGCAUUAUCAGUGAAGGUAUUUACUUUGUAAAUUGAUUGAAAAAGGUUGCUGCUCUGAUCAUUACUUUUGGGAGGGUCUGUCAAAAAAAGAAAACUGACUGACAUGGUAUGUCAUGAACACCAUUUGUUUGUAUGUCUGUGUGUGUGUGUGCAUGCGUGUUUGUGUGUGCGCGUUCAUGCAUGUAAAACUACUACUGAGUAAUAGGACUAUAUAUAUAUAUAUAUAUAUAUAUAUAUUAGAGCUGUCAAACGAUUAAAAUAUUUAAUCUACCGGUAAUUAAAAAUGCAACUGCCAUAAUUAACUCAAAUGGACUAAAAAAUUAAUCGUGAUUACUCACACAUUUUUUUAUCAUUUCUGAAUUUCCUUUUACAUUUUUUGUCCUAUUUUCCCCCAUUUUAAUGCUCUCAUCAACAUGGAAUCAUGAAUCAGUUUUCUAUGAGCCAAAUGCAAAUAUUUACUGAAAUAACAAUUUCGAUUUUCAAUUUUACAUGAAUAUUUUUCACUUGGAGCAGUUAUUCACACAUAAUCUCUCACACAAUAUUACUAUCCAACAACAGUGAAAACAAUGUUUUGUCACACAACUGCUGCUUUAACAGCUUUUUAAAUAAAAUCAAAACAGAGCAAUAUAACAUUAUAAAGUGCACAUCUAAGGUAAACUAGUACUCAGCCUAUAGUAGAUUUAAACCAUGGUUGAACACAGCAGUCUGUUUCUGUAUGUUUGUUGAAGAAUAACGAGACACCGGACACCAGCGUUCAUUAUGUGCCGCUGUAUUCCAAACUGCCCGCCGUACAAAAAAAGCGCACGCAUUUCCCCCGUGCUGCUGGGGCAAACCAUUCUGAACGGUGUGGGGGGGUCACUCCCCCUAACACAGUCAGGCUAUGUUGAUUGUGUUGGUCCUUCUUGUGCGGAAGUCUCUCUACAGUUUUUGUGUAGACCUCAUUUCGAAUGACACUUGGUUCGAUGACAACACUGGAGACGUUUUAUUUUCGCUAGGUCGCUACCACUGUCAGACAAACACAGAGAAGCUCCACCCGCUCUUUUUACAUGGACGCAGAACACUGUAACCUUCCACACAAAAUAGUUCCAAACAACUAACAAUCGUGUCAGUGGCAUAUGAUACAUAUGAUACAGAGAGUGAGAGAAGAACAGAUAACUUUGGUCUUGUCAGUGGAGCAAUCGGGCAACUUUUUAAAAGUAAACUUUCCAUUCCUAAACUCUUUAGGUAUCCGUUUUCGGUGUCUCAUGCUGCCGCGGCUGGCAAAACAGACAUGGGCGUGGACUUCUGCAGCGCGCUUGUUGGUUUGUUCUAGUGUAUUUGUAGAGCAACGUAACAUCCGCUUGUGACGCGAGCCGCGUUAAUCUCGUGAGAAAAAUUUUAAUCCCGUUAAAAUUCAUUAAAAUUAAUGCCAAUAAAAACGCGCUAAACUGACAGCUCUAAUAUAUAUAUAUAUAUAUAUGGGGCCACGCUGUGUGUAUAUAUAUACACAUACACACACACCCUGGAGGAUGCAGCGGACCUGGCCCAUGACCGUGGUCAUUGGCGGACCCUGGUGAAGCUGAUUGGCUCUACGCACUGCGACGACCCAGCCGAAUGAGACUGGGCCUCCGCGUCGCAAGAGCAUUAUUAUUAUUAUCCUUUCAUCAUUCAUUCAUCUUCCGUACCGCUUGAUCCUCACUAGGGUCGCGGGGGGUGCCGGAGCCCAUCCCAGCCGUCUCCGGGCAGUAGGCAGGGGACACCCUGAAUCGGUUGCCAGCCAAUCGCAGGGCACACAUAGACGAACAACCAUCCACGCUCACACUCACACCCAGGGACAAUUUAGAGUGUUCAAUCAGCCUGCUUUGCAUAUUUUUGGAAUGUGGGAGGAAACCGGAGCACCCGGAGAAAACCCACGCAGGCCCGGGGAGAACAUGCAAACUCCACACAGGGAGGCCGGAGCUGGAAUCGAACCCGGUACCUCUGCACUGUGAAGCCGACGUGCUAACCACUGGACUACCGGGCCGCUAUUAUUAUUAUUAUUAUUAUUAUUAUAUAUAUGUACAAUAUACAUAUGUAUAGAUGUGUGUAUAUAUAUAUAUACACACACAUAUACAUCUACAGUAUAUGUACAGUAUAUGUGUGUGUGUGUGUGUGUGUGUAGAUGAUCACUGUUGCAUGUACAUCAACCUCUUUUAGUUGCUCUUAUGCUCAAAAGGGCCACGGUUGAGUAUGAGUCGAUCCGAGCUGAGUGGGCAAGAGGUCCACCCUGAUCUGGUUGCCAGCCAGUUACAGGGCACACAUAGAUGAACAUGGUUUCACGCUCACUUUCACACGAAUGAGAUGGAUGAGCGGUUCAGCAAAGAGAUGCAUGGGGUGGGGGGACUUGUGAAAUAUCUAUUUUUGCAAGCGAUAGUCUCAGAAGUUCCACUUGUUAGUGCUCAUUGUUAACCUUUUCAUUUGUUUGCACAGCGUGGCCCGAAUAAUCAUCCAUACAUUCCACUGAGCACAUGUUAAGAAAAUCCUUACAUGUUUAAGUUGCACUGGACAUGACAAUAAAUGUAUUUGGACCAAAGUUUUCCAUUCGAGGAAGCCACAUGGAGGUGUCCACACACAUUCAUGAAGUUUUAUCUUGUGUCUGGUGCUGCAUUCUGAGCUGGAGGACCCCCCCCUCCCCCAGUGCAGUGCUUGCCUGCGAAUGAUGGCAAUAGAAGGAGGACACGACGGCGAGUUGGAGAACUUUUAGAUAGGAGACUGGAUCUGUUUUCAAGACCAGAACCGACAAAGUUGCUCUGCUAAGUAAUUAUGGAACUUUCAUAAAAGGCUGAGAAUGGACAUUUAAACGUGACCUCUCGUGCCAUAGCCGUUUAUGACCGAGAAUGCAGAUGACUAUGCGUGCGUGCGCGCGCACGCACAUACACACACACUGUAGACCCAUCAUGUUCCAUUUCAGAGAAAAGGCUUGAGUCACUUUUUUUCGUGUUUUUUUUUUUUUUACAUUGGACUUUGUAUUAUUAUUAUUAUUAUUAUUAUUAUUAUUAUUAUUAUUGAGUGUGGUGAGUCUUAUUCCGAUGUCAAGAGUUUUUUUUUAAACUAAUCAUUGAUGUUUCAUUCAGGUGAAUUUAUUACAAAGAUGCUGGUAAUGAAGGGAGGAAAAUAUAAAGUUUCUUUUAAUGCUGCUUUGUUAUUGUUAUUAUUAAUGAUGGCUGGUCUGGCUAUGUGUCCUUGUAGAAUGUAUGGAGAGACGGUUGGUGUUAGAUAUGAAAUGUGAAUAAAAGCAUAACAUGAAUUGAGAAAA